UAUAGUGAAAGAAACAUAACACAAGAACUAACUACGGAUACCGUACACGGAGCAGGUUUAUACGCAUAUAGAUUAUAAAAGAACGGAAUAUCCUGCGAAUUCGAAUUAGUUGUUGAUUUCUAUUUAUUAUAAUAUUCAUUAAAAAAGUAUUAAAGAAAGCACGACAUCGACACGUCCUCGUCCUCGUUCUAAUAGAAUUCUUCCUCAAAUACUUUAUACUUCCAUAAUAAUUAAUAAUAAAUAAAUAUAUAUAUAUAUAUAAUGUCCAUCAAAGAAACUCCAACUAACGGUUUAACUGGUAAAAUUUCUUCCUUAGACGUGUCAAACUUAAAGGGAUCUGCUUUAACUGAUAAAUUAGCUGCUGUUGCGGAACAAAAAGAUCUUGCACAAACUAUGAAUAUUACUAAGGCUACUUUAGUUUCUGAAACUAAGAAAGAAGAAACUACUAAGAAAGAUGAAGACAAAGAUGUUGUUGAACAUCAAGACUUCUUAGCUAAACAUAAAGUUCAUCGUCAUCACUUAAAGUCGUUAGAAAAGGAUGAACCAAUUUUACUUGAAAACACCCGUCGUUUCGUCUUGUUCCCAAUUAAAUAUCAUGAAGUUUGGCAAAUGUAUAAGAAAGCUGAAGCAUCUUUCUGGACUGCUGAAGAGAUUGAUUUAUCUAAGGACUUACAUGAUUGGAAUAAUAGAUUAAAUGAUAAUGAAAGAUACUUCAUUUCUAGAAUUUUAGCAUUCUUUGCUGCUUCUGAUGGUAUUGUUAAUGAAAAUUUAGUUGAGAAUUUCUCGGCUGAAGUUCAAAUUCCUGAAGCUAAAUGUUUCUAUGGAUUCCAAAUUAUGAUGGAAAACAUUCAUUCAGAAACUUAUUCCUUAUUAAUUGAUACUUAUAUUAAGGAUCCAAAGGAAGCCGACUUUUUAUUUAAUGCCAUUGAUAAUAUUCCAUGUAUUAGAAAAAAGGCCGAUUGGGCUUUGAGAUGGAUUAGUGAUGAUGAAGCGUUAUUUGGUGAAAGAUUGGUGGCCUUUGCUGCGGUUGAAGGGAUCUUUUUCAGUGGCUCAUUUGCUUCUAUCUUUUGGUUAAAGAAAAGAGGUUUAAUGCCGGGCUUAACGUUCUCUAAUGAAUUAAUCUGUAGAGAUGAAGGGUUACAUACGGACUUUGCUUGCUUAUUAUUUUCGCAUUUACAAAAUAGACCUGAUGCAGAAAUUGUUGAGAAAAUCAUUACUGAGGCUGUUAAAAUUGAAAAGGAAUUCUUUACUGAUGCUUUACCAGUAUCUUUAUUAGGUAUGAAUAGUAAAUUAAUGUGUCAAUAUGUUGAAUUUGUUGCUGAUAGAUUAUUGGUUGCCUUAGGUAAUAAAAAAGUAUAUAAUGCCACUAAUCCAUUUGAUUUUAUGGAGAAUAUCUCAUUAGCUGGUAAAACCAAUUUCUUUGAAAAAAGAGUUAGUGAUUAUCAAAAGGCUGGAGUUAUGGCUCAAGCUAAUGAUUCCAAGUCUGCCAGUACCAACUUCUCGUUUGAUGAGGAUUUCUAAGUGCUUGCGCUUGGUUACUGUCAUGUCAUACGUUACGUCACUUUAAGAUUAUCGUCGUUUCUGGUUAUUUGGUUAUUCUUGUUGUUUUUGUCUUUUAGUUGUUUUUGUCUUUGUCUUUUGUUACUGCCUUUUAAUUUCACACUCAUAAUGCUGCCUCAUUGUUUCUUCAGUUCUAUGCUAUCACCGUAAAUCUACCACGUGAUAUGUCUGUAUUUAUAUAAAUAUAUAUCAUUUUCAAACUAUAUAAAAGUUUUCCAUCAGUAUUAUCUAUGUUAUAUUGUAUUGUAUUACCUUUGACUUGGUACUAGCGC